AAUUAAAAGCGACAAAAGUUUAUAAAUUUAUAAUUUUGAACGAAUUUAUGUAGAAAUAUUCACGAUGUUGUUUGAGAUAUGCGAUAAGCUUGCAAGAUGCAAGGUAUUGUAAAUUUGUCCACUUUAUAUUGGAAACAAUAAAGAAAAUUGCAACAAUAAAAUUGACGUUUAAAAUAUAAAACCAUUUAAUCAACAAAAUUGUGUAAUAAAAAUAUAACAUUUCAUAACGCUUGCUUAGCAAAAACAAAAACAAAUUAAAUGUAUCGCAAACAGUCUGCAAAUUGUCAGCAACACAAGCGUAUAAAUAACAAUCAAAUGCAAAAGAAACAAAGUUGAGCAGCUUGUAAUAAGAAAACUGAAAAUAAAAAACAAAAACAAAUACGCAGAAUGAGAAGUGAAAGUGAAAUAAAAUAAUCAAAUCAGCGUACAAGUUAAUGUCAAAAGGUCAACUGUGUGCAACAACUCACUAACACAUGCACACACACCUCUUUCGUGUCAACAAAUAACUUUUGGAGGAAACCGAAAAUUGUUUUUUUUUCAAGAAAAAUAAAAUAAUUUUAAUUAAAAGCAAACUAAAGUAAUGCCAAGUAAAGGACUGCUGCGAGCAGUUUACACUAACUAACUGUGACUAGUUGUGACAGGCACAUACCAACACACAGAAACACAAUGCUGUUAACUGCUCAACAAAGAAAGGUCAAAUAAAUUUCAAGGAAUUCAAGUGAACUCACUGGGUGCGAGCUUGACGCCUCCGUUGUGUAUUUGUAAGGAUAUUUCUAAGGACACGCCACGCAAUUGAAACUAAGAAUUCCUGAUAAGAUACUCUCAGGGGAAUAGCUGGUAACUUCGCAACGGAACGCUUGGCAAAGGCUCUCCGAGACAGUUUAACGCUUAAUUGCUGACCGCAUUUGCAUGACUUAAUUACGCUGGUGUUAAAUAACAAACUUAAAACUCAUGUAUAUGUACAACACAUUGUACCAAUUUUGUAAACAACAAUAAGUACAACAGAAGUCAAGCAACAAGAUAAAGCUGCAGAACUAAAGCGGAGCAACAGUGAGCCGCCACAGGGUGCCAACAAAACAAAUGAGCGCCAACAGUGCGGAAACAUAAAUCAUCUAUAUGCAAGUGAAAAUUAGCAACAGCAACAACAACAACAAAAUAUAGUAAAAUUUUAAAGCGAAGAAAGUGGCAAUUAAAAUUACUACAAUUAUUUAUUCAAAUUAUUAAAAGCAUAUAAGAAAGCGAGAGAGGAAAAGGAAAAGUGAUCAAAAGGAAUAAGAAAUUGAGUUGCUGACAUAAAUAUGCAAAUUACUGGAAAUAUUUUCGGCAAAUGUUGAAAGAGAUAACUAGACGAUUUGCAAUAACAACAAUAACUGCAACAGCUGCAGAAUUCGAAAUAAAUCGCCAUUUGCUGCACUGAUAAGGACGAAGAAAUUUUCUACAUUGUAAAACUAAACCGCAAAUGUUUGUAAAUUCAGUAAACUACAGCAAAAAGACGCUUAAAUUAAGCAGAAAAUGCGCGUAAAAAAAUUUUAAAAUUUAAAGGAAAUAAAUUUGCAUAAUAAUUGCCUAAAUAACUAGUAUUUAUAAACCAUAUUUAAAUAAAAUUAAACUAAAAAUCUGACAGUAAUUUUACAAAAACAGUUUAAAUAUAACUAAAACUACAAUACCGGCACUGUUAGUACAUUAAGCAAAAAGGAUAUACAAAUUAAUAACAUAACUGUCUAAACAGACAAAACCAGCGAAGAAUAUUUCUCAACUCUAAAUUCUCAUAAGCAACAUAACACAUCAUAACAGUAUGGAUAAGAAAAAUAAAUCGAAACCAAAAUCUAAACCGAAGCGUUUGAAGCCCAACAAGGAGUCAAGCACAGCACUGGAUGUGGACCUGUGGGAGCAAAAUGAGGAUCGCUUCACAACCGUUGAACUGCCCGCCAGCGCUAAAGUGCCGAACAAUAACAGCAACGUGACAACCGCAGCUGCCACAAGCACCAAAACCGUCGGCAGUAGCGGCACCAGCAGCGCGCAACACGGCAAAGCCAUCAGCAUUAGAAUUGGUGGUGAUGGUGGCGGUGAUGGACCAGGCGGCCCAACCGCUUGCGAACCCAUCGAUGUGAUCACCUAUCCACCGAACACACCAACUACACCAGCAACCAAAGUCGCCAUCGGCGGUGGUGAUUCCGGCGCAGCGCUAAUUGCGCUCGACACCGGUGAUCCUAAUGAACCGGAGCGUGGCAAUUGGACGGGCCGUUUCGAUUUUCUACUCUCAUUGCUCGGCUACUCGGUGGGGCUGGGCAAUGUGUGGCGCUUCCCAUAUCUCUGCUACAAUAAUGGUGGUGGCGCCUUCCUCAUACCAUUUACAAUAAUGUUAAUUAUCGCCGGUCUGCCGCUCAUGUUCAUGGAGCUCUCAUUCGGCCAGUAUGCCGCUUUGGGGCCUGUGGCCAUUUAUCGUCGCUUCUGUCCGCUGUUUCGUGGUCUCGGCGCUGGCAUGGUUAUCGUAUCGGCCAUUGUAAUGCUCUACUAUAAUUUGAUUAUUGCCUGGACAAUAUUCUAUAUGUGCGCCUCAUUUCGGCGUCAGUUGCCAUGGCAGAAUUGUGAGGCCGCAUGGAGUACUGAAAACUGUUUCUCUUACGAAAUGGCCGAUCAAUGCGAUGCCGUUAAUGGCACAUUUUACUUGAGAACAUGCUAUAAUAUUAGUUAUGCCGAGGAGCAUAAUAUCACCGAGUUAGCGCUACAUGCGCUAAAGCGACCACCAGCUGAGGAGUACUUUACUAACUACGUGUUGGGCUUAUCUUCUGGCAUUGAAGAAACUGGCGGCAUAAAAAUCGAGCUGGCGGCCUGUCUAUUUGUCGCUUGGGCAAUUGUUUUCCUGUGCCUCUGCAAAGGGGUCCAAUCUUCCGGCAAAGUAGUCUACUUUACCGCGCUUUUCCCUUAUGUUGUAUUAGUGAUCCUAUUCUUCAGAGGUGUGACAUUACCGGGCGCCAUGACGGGCAUUUUGUUUUAUUUAACACCUGAUUUUAAGCAAUUGGCCAAUGCGCAGGUCUGGAGCGAUGCUGCGGUACAGAUAUUCUUUGCACUCAGUCCUGCUUGGGGUGGUCUGAUAACACUGUCUUCGUACAACAAGUUCUCAAACAAUUGUUAUAAAGACUCUUUAAUCGUCGCCAUUUGCAAUAUAGCGACCUCGUUUUUUGCCGGCUUGGUCAUCUUCUCGAUCAUCGGUUUUCUAGCACAUGAGCUAGAGGUGGAAGUAAAAAAGGUAGUCGAUCAGGGCGCUGGUCUGGCAUUCAUCGUUUAUCCAGAAGUAGUGACACGCCUACCAGUCUCGCCCGUUUGGUCGGUUCUAUUUUUUGUUAUGUUACUUACACUAGGACUGGACUCACAGUUCGCGCUCAUGGAGACCGUUACAACUGCCAUAUUGGAUAAAUUUCCCAAUUUACGACAAUACAAAACAUGGGUUGUGCUCUUUGUUGGUGUUUUUGGUUAUCUUGGUGGUCUCGGUUUUACUACGAAUAGCGGGAUGUAUUGGUUGCAACUAAUGGAUAAGUAUGCUGCGAAUUGGUCGGUGUUGCUUAUCGCUAUUUCCGAGUGUGUUUUAAUCGCUUGGAUUUAUGGUUCACAACGUUUCUUGAACGACAUACAGGGUAUGAUUGGUAAAAGAUCGAAAUUCUGGAAUUCAUUUUGGUCGGCAAUGUGGCGUUACAUAACGCCAGCAACACUAUUGUUUAUUCUAUUCUUCAACUGGGUCGAAUACAAACCGGCCUCCUAUGGUCACUAUGUCUAUCCACUGUGGGCUGAUGCAGUCGGUUGGUUUAUCGGGCUGUUGCCGGUACUAUUUAUAUUCCUAAUCGCCUUCCAACAAAUAUGUAAAGCACCAAAGCAACUGACAUUCAAAGAGCGGCUAAAACUUCUACUACGUCCCACCGCCGAAUGGGGACCAGCCGGAAGGCCAUGUGUCAAUUUACACGCCGAACGCUACGAUAGUCAAAAUUACGAUGUCGUGGCCAAUACACAAGUCCUCAUAAAUGGCAUGCCAACCGAUGUGUCACCCUAUGAGGACAACAGCAAUGGUUAUCGUGAUGAGGCGAUGCAACUCUGAGAGCGAGUGAGCGCAUCGUCGGCAGCGGUGCCGACAAAAACAUCCACUGCUGUUGUGCGCAUGAGUGAUCACGUCGAUGAAGGUAUUGGUCUGCGAAUGGGAGGUAAUGGCGCCGGCAAUGGUGCUAGUGGAGGAGGUGGCGGCACUAAUGUGGCAAUUAGGAAUGGCAGUCAUCCCGAGUAUGGUGCGGCUGUAGCUAUCAAAACUUCCAGCUCAGCGGUGACCACCAAACUACCCGGCCCGAGUAUAUUGAAAGGUUCAAAGAGUAACCAAGUGGCCAGCAAUGGUCGCAACAAAGGGCAAUCUCUGCCCGAGGCGAGCCCUAGCCGUCAACCGCUUAUAGAGGCCGAGUUGCGUGCCAACGACAGCGUCGGCUCGUUCCUGAAUGAAGCAUCUGCAUUGGGGCAGCGUAAAACUCAAGCUAACGGUUAUCCCGCUGAGGUAGGUGAUAAAAUUACGAAAGUAACUGCCAGCAUUAUAUUGCCCACGAAGCCGGCAAUAACAACAACCGCUGCCACUGCCGCCACAAGCACAGCAACAACAAAAGUGCUUGUCGCUGGAACAAUGAGCAGCGGUCGUGAACGUAUGCUCACCACGUUCGGGGAGCGUGGUGUUGUGCCGGGGGCUGAAACGGUAAGCGCAGCAAUAACGACAACAACAACAACAACAUUUGGCGCUGUAAAAACAACCGUUGCGGCAGGCCUGGGUUCAAAACCGCUAACUGGCAGCAUUAAGCCGGACACUGUUACUAGUCUGUCACAGUUGACAACAACAACUACAUUGGCAAAAAAUGAGAAGCCCGCAAGCAUUGUAGCAACAAAGCCAGCAGCAUUAGAAUUAAAGCAUACGACGAUGAUUACAAAACCUGCGACAAUUGCAACAACAACAACAGCCAAAUCGACGUUAGCUGGCAAGUCGACAACAACCACCACCAGCACAGCGGCAACAGCAACAAUUGCUAAGCCCAAAUUGACUGCUACACAAACGUCAGCAGCCACAACUGUUGCGGUAUCCGUUACGACACCGAUUGUUGCAGCAACAACUACAACAACAGCAGAAAUGGCUGGAAAAGCGACUACAGUAGUCACUGCAACGACAACUGUUGUUAAACCUACCGCCACUACGGCACAAAAAACAAUAACAACAACAAAAACAACACCUACAAUUACAACUACAAAAGCAAUUACUACGGAAACAGCACAAAUGCCUGCAGUUAAGAGCGGCGGUGCCGUGUCAGCAACAGCAACGGUUCCAAAAACCUCAACAACAACAAGCAUAAGCAUAGGCGCUAAAGCGCUCACAGACAGUAAGCCUACAGCUACGACAACUACCGCUGCCGCUAAACCGCCAACAAUAGUUGCAGCUACAACAACAACAAAACCAUUAGCAACUUCUGCUGCUGUUAUAACGCAAACGAAUAAACCACCAAUCACAACAACAACUUCAACUGCCACAGUGUCAGCCAUCGCUGUCGCCCCAAACAGGACAACAAUAAUUAACAGCACAAAUUUAGUUACAACAACAGCAAAUGUUAUGCCCAAACAAUCGACUGCAGCGUCCACAACAACAACAACUAAGGCAACAACUACGAAGUCGAAUGUUGUUAGCCAGCCGUCGGCGAAUACGAAUGUCAUUAUUGCACCGAUGCCUGCUGCACAGCCAACAAAAAUUGCUAACACAAAAGUGAUCAAUGCAACAACAAGUCCGAUCACCGCAUCUAUACAAAAGCCUACGGUGUUGUCAACAACGCUAACAGCAGAUGCCAAGUUGCCAGCAAUGACGGCAGUUGCCACCACCACCACAACAACAACAACAUUAGCUAGCGGUACAAAAGCGUCUAUAACUAAAACGCCGGCGGCAAUAAGCAAAACAACAACACCAAUGUCAUCAACAGCAGCACCAACAAGAAGUGUGGGCGCCAACACCGCAACAACAACACAGUCUGUAAGUAAACCAACAAUAACAACUGCUGUAGCUACGGUUCCAAAAGUCACAGCAAUAGCAACAACAACUACAGCCAAAUCAGCAAUUGCUUCAACGGUUGGCAGCACCACCACUACAGCAACAACAAAAGCUACCACCACCACCACAAGUAAUGUCAGCCAAAAAUAAUUGUAAGCAAAACAAAAACAAUUACUUUAGUCAUAACACCCGCUCAACCCACAGGAGUAAUUAUAAGAGUAGAAACACAAACAUACAUACAUAACACACUGGAUUUACGAAGUAAGUACAAUACAUAAGCGCAAACUAUAUAAUUAAACUAACAACUAAUCAAUACUAAAUGGAUGCAAGUAUUCUCCAGAACGUCUUUAGCUCUAAUGAAAUAAAUAUGCAAAGUGGCGUAUAUUACAUUUGUAUGUACGCUUACCGAAAACUGUUUCUCAGCAGUCAAAAGUAAUCAAAACCACAAAAAAAUAUAUACAGAUAUUUAGUAACAAAAGAAUAUUUCUAAGAAACAAAUUAAGACAUUCAAAACGCGAAGUUCAACCUAACCUAACUAUUAGAGGAAAGUAUAUACCAAACAUAUUUAGAAAACAACAAAAGUAGUAAGCUAAACCCCACACUAGAUUUAAGUUCAGGUACCGGAAUUACUAUUUACAUAAAUAUACGUACUUUUAAGUGAAACUUAGAAAACAAAACAAUUUCAGUUGCCAUAAGAAAAAGGUAAAGCAUUGCCAAACCGAAAGAGAAGCAUGCGAAAGUAUGCAGAAGAAACGUGUAACCAAAUGAAAGUUUAAUCCGGUGUGUGUAUUUUACUUCUAUUCACUUAUGCUUUCAUAAAAUCAGCAAUAGUUGAGGAAAUCGACGCAUUGAAAAUUAUAAGUUAUGUUUAUAUAAUUCUUAAUUAAUUAAAACUCUAUCACAAUAUUAAAUACCGAGUCAGCAUGAAAAAUGUAGCAUAUCAAAACUUUGAAUUCAAAAUAUUUUAGGAAAUUUUCUCAUGAAAUCCAUCAGAUGUUUGGGGGCUGAAACUAUAAACAAAGAAGAAUCCCUUGUGUGCAUAUAGAAAAGAUAUAGAUAGAUUUUCAAUUACAUGGAAAUCCUGUGGCAACUUGUACCUAACUGUUUAAAAUAAUUCCAAUUAAGUUCCUCUCCUUCUCCAAUACAUAUACGAAAAGUAAUUAUGUAGGAUUUUCUAUACUUUGUUUCUAGCAAAAUGGAUUACCUACUUCGUUUCAAUCAAAAUUAUUCACUUCUCCUUUUUGACUAACAUACAAUUUAACCCUAGAAUAACACUUCAGGUCUUGGAACAAUAGCAACACAAGGCAUAUCACAAAGUUACUUUGGUGUAGUGUUUAUGGUGGCAAAAGAAGGGGUGACCCCUUCUGAAAAUUGUAAAAGUGGAUUCGGCGAAAUACCGAGCAGAGCCCAGACUUCAACCGGUUGAGAUAGGAUAUAUUCCACGGCUACCAAUGCUCCAACUAGAGACACAUUGGACAGCUGGGUUGAAAACAAAUCAGGUUUUUUACCAAAUCCACUGAGUUGCUGGAUAAGGCUUAAUUUGGUUGCCACCGGGAGCACAAUAAGCUUAAUGAUGGCCUAAGUGCGGCCGCUCACAGUCUAACGCUUAUACGCCUCUUUUUUCAACCAACCAACCAACCAAAAUGAAAAUAAUCUCGAAGUACUUAAACUUUAUUAAUGUGACUUAUUUUUAAUCACAAUUUUGGAGUGGCGAAAUUUCAAGAGCCCUCUAUGAAUUUAUGCUUUCAAUAUUUUUGAAUAUAACCUGUUAGGUUAACUAGUUAGGUAAACUAGCGAAUCCUUGUGACAGGAGUCACGAAGGAUCCCACUUGAACAAUUGAGAAUGCCAGACUUUUGUGUUAUCAUCAACUGAUAAUUUUGUAUCAACAGAAGCCUAGUAAAAGACAAAUCGCUUUGAGCCUGUCACAAGUUUGUGGAGGUGGCUAGUAACAAUUCCGGCCAAUUCACCUGGUUCGCCCAAGCAAUGCCUACUGAGAUAUUUCAACCUAAAUCUAGGGUAAGAUUAACAGUGGAAAAAAAAGUAUAUAUAUUUUUCCACCUCACCCGCUUCCAUAAAACUAUGGCAGUUGGCGUUUAGCCUCAACGCUUGAAAUAAAUAGGACAGUGUUCAGUUAGAACUCCCACAAUUGUAGCGAAUAGAACCUUACUAAGAACGAGCAAUUGAUUGGACCUCUUGCGUUGCACUCUGAAGGAAGGCCAGAAGGGUUUCACAACGUAAUAUAUGUGCACGAGGUCCAUUGAUAGAGUGCCAGAACACCAGAAAACAAGAGAAUACAGAUUUGUUCCAAGCUUGUUGGAAUCGCGACCUCAUCGGCUUUGCUGUUCAUCAACAAUCACUUUAAAACAUGGUGAUUCGUUACAAUUAUUCUUAGAAGUUUAACAGCAGUAAAAUAAGUGUUUCCUAUAAAAGUAAAUAUAAUAAUUUUUCUAUGUCCGCCUUUUUAGGUAAAAAUUCUCAGCUCAUACCAUUUUCCAAGAUUCCAGCGCUGUAAAUUAAAUAUUGGCCUAAUUUAAGACGUUUAUCUGGAGUUUACCAUUGAUAUUUGUAAAUCGCCAAGUAUUCUAUAUAAAUUAGGCAUUGAGGAAACUAAUUCCAUGAUUGAGAAUAUCCAAUAUUUAAAUGUUUGCGGUUAAUUGACGUAUGGAAUAAGGGAGAGUAAUGGAGACUUAAACCCAAUAGGCAUACAUAUAAUUGGUAGACAAUUGAUGAGAUAAAUCAGGGAUGCUUAUAAACGUUUAUUCGACAAAGCCAAUUUGUUCAAGAGGCAACAAAAUAUUUAUUUACUCUGUCAUCGGCUAUAGAUCUUUUCGUAAAGUUAAGCCCAGUAAUUAUGACAAGUCAUUCUUUCCAAUAAUAUUGCUGGGUAAAAUACGUCGGCUUUCAGAUUUCGACUUUAACAGAUUCUCUAGCAGUUAAUAGGUACAGGUUUUAAAAAUCUAAAACUAGAAUUAUCAAACUAAGUCCAAUACUAGAGACAAAUUUCGGUCUACGUCACUUGUUGGUUAGUUUAACAAGAAAUGUGUUUCGAGUGCGAGAAAUUCCGGAAACCAUUAAAUCGUUUAUUACCAAUUUGAUUUUAAAUAAAAAAUUUUUAAAUGUUUUUAUAUUACAUAACUGUUUAAGAAAUAUGAACGUACAUAUCGUUGGUAUCACACGAAACUUACUUAUUUAUGCUCAAAGUUAACGAUAGUUCAUUGUUGCGAGUACACGUAGUGCUAAGGAAAUAUGGUAUUUUAAAAAAUUGUUGUAUGUGUAAGUAAGUAAGACUUUGUAUAUGGUGUUAAUGGAUGUCAAAUAUGUACUUGUAUGUAUGUAAAUUAAGUAAUGUUUGUGUAGAUGUGUAGGAAAACUAAAAAAACGGUGCUAUUAAUUGGAGAGAAAGAGAAUAUUUUAUUUUAAACAUAUAUAUGUCGGUAUAACGUAUAACGGCAGUUCGGUAUGGCAGAAUUAAACCAUGUAUCGGUAAUAGGCAUAAGAAGAAAAUAUCAGUUAGGUCUUAAAGUAAAGUCAUUCAAAUGUGUCAUUGUUAUUGUUGUUUAGAUGUGUAUUGUAAAGAUCCGGUAAUUAGAAUUUUGACUUGCACUGUUGAAUGAUUCCCUUGUAUUGUUGUAUGUUGUAGGCACAUACAUGAAUGCAUACAUAUACAUAUAUGUAGCUAUGUAUUUAACGGUAUAUUGAAUUUGAAUUGUAUAUUGAAUUGUAGUCCUGAAAUAGUGCAAAUUAGUGAAAUGUAUUAGUAAAUAUAUGUAUAGUACAAGAGUAUGUAGAGACGGAAUUGACUGUUGAAUAUUGAUAAUUGAGAAGAGCACUAUUGUUGUUAUUGUUUAAGGAAGAGCAUACAUAUAUUUAGGGAAUGUUAUUGAGGUUAUGGCGUGCGUCCUCAUUGUUUUACACGUCCAUAUCUCAACUAGGAUGUGUAGAAAACGGAAGUGUUUGCAGAGGAAAAGCAAAAUAUUUAAAUAGAGGUGAGAUGAGGGGGUGAUAAAAUUGUUGCACACACUUAUAUAAAUAAAAUCUAUAUUUUUUGGUACUUAUCACAAGAGCGAGGAUUUCAAUUUAUGUUUUUUUUUUCUCAAUUUACUCCAUCUGAUACCCUAAGCCACAAUAUGUUUUGAUUAAUUUGUCCAUAUAAGGUUAGGUUUUCAAACUUGGCAGAAAAAGGGCAAUCGAUUUAGAGAUGUGAUAAGGUUGUAAGUACAGUUAUAAAGUUCCUUAGCUACUAUUAGAUAUAUCUUCAAACUAAAAUAGGGUAAAUUAAAUAUCUUUAUUAGCGCCGUUUCCCAGGCAUUACCUUUCAGCAAUGUAGGGGGUCAUUGGAUGACAUUGUGCAGAACCGAUUGGAGGCGUCAAGACCACUAUCUAGCUACGAGAACAAAAUCACGUAUUCAUAAGAGUCGUAUUAUUUUAUUUAUGAGAUGGGCUCCAGUACGUUGUUUUCAUAAUUCUUCCUUCCAGCUUGAACCGACUCAUAACAAUUAUUAUUUAUUAUAAAAGACGAAAAGAACAUAUUUUAAGAAAUGAUAGACAGAGUGAAUAGGAGAUGAAAACAAUGAUUGAUCCUUUUUCCAUUUAAUGAUAAAAUAUUUUUCGGGAGUUUCCUAAACUUGCAUGCUAUAGUUUCAGCUCAUUGUAUGGACAUGCCCCGGCGCCGUUUAGAACUUAAACAGCUAUAUUCAAUAUUCAGGAUAGUAAAUUUAUAAGGGUAAUUUACCACGUAAAGCAGGUAAUCAACUUUAAAACUAGAUUUUCUACUAAACUUCAAGUGUUUUAGCUUUCAGUGCUUUUUCAGCUUAAAAGAAGAACUAGCUGAAUAGAUAACUAAAGACCAAAGCACCUGAAAUGUUUGAUAUGGAGUUUCAUUCUCGAGAGGUUUGCCAAUAAUUUUGUUCUCCUAGAAUUCUCACUUAAAUAGAUCACCCUUUAUGUAUUUCCUAUUACAUACAUAUACAUUUAUAUGUAGAUCACAGCACAUAUGUAUCUGCGUUCUACAAGAAGGUGGUCCACUUAUGAUUUAUAAAAUUUGAGACAGUGUUGUUUAUGCUGUUUUUGUUGUUCUUGUUGUUGUGUGCAGAAAUCCUGCUUAAAUGUAAGUCUAAAGAAGUCGUAAGAAAGGAGCUGUUCCGAAUAGAUCAAAUCAAAAGCCAACUGAUAUUAUAUGUAUAAGGCUUCAAUAAGAGAAAUGAUCACCAUAAGCUAGACAUAAUUUAACGACAUAAAAUUUCCGAAUCAAGCUUGACGAAGUGUUUAAUCCGCUAACCUUUAAGAAAAAGAGUUUCAAGUAGUACAAUGAUCAGUAUGUUAUACCCUUUUAUACUACGAAUAAAAUUAUUUCCAGUCGUAUGAAUCAAGAAAUCCUCGGUUACAAUUGGGUUUUAUAAAUGGCGUUAGCCGUGUUAACAGGCUGUUGUUGAACUCGGAAAUCUGUCGCCUGCCUCCGCUCCCUUUACACUUCUAAAUUCUAAUAUUAAAGAGCUUAGUGGUCGGGACUAUGUACAUACACAUGUAGGAUAUAGAAAAACUAUUUACUUGAGAAUAAAUAUUCCUAUAUAUUUUUUAGAGCAUUUUGAAGUUUUAUAACAAAUUACAAUAGACAAGAAAUAGACAACAAUUUUACAUUAUAUUUUGUACGACAUUUACAGUUAAGCAAGUUACCAAACGUCGGAUGUGGUAGGAAAGGCAAGGAGUACUUAGAUACUUACAUAAAGACGUAGGUGAAUGUGGAGUGUAAAAAAUAUUUUGGGUGACAAGUUAAAAGAUUGGGCAAUUUGCUGUUGGUCGCUUAAAGUACUAUGGCAGUUUACAAAUAUCUAGAUGAAAUUUAGAUUAUUCCGUUAUAAUUUUUAUAUAUUUAUAAAUUGUUUCCUUUCAAAAGCAACAGAAUAUAUAUGAGAGACUCAAGUACCUUUUAGCGCAAGUCAAGUAAAAUAAGUAAAUACAUACAGACAUACAGUUCUAUGUAUUAUGUACCACUAUAUACAUACAUACAAACAAUUACAAAUAUAUAUAUAUAUAUAUGAAAAUGUGCGAACAAACUACUUUAUUUGCACAUAGGUAGCUUGUAAUAUUUCUAUAAUAAUUAACUAAUGUACUUACACGAUUAAUUACAUAGUUGACAAUUUACACACAUAGAUAAAUACAUACAUACAUACAUACAAUACGAAUUACUCAAGUAUGAAAGUAUUAUUUAAAAAAAACAAAAACCUUGUUGAAAAAUAAAUUUGUGUAGUUAUUGUACAUGUGUAAUGUAAAAUGCGUAUAGUUGUUGGUAUUGAAAAAUAUGUAGUCUAGAAAAUAAAUAUUUUUAAAAACUGCAAAAUAGUUGUUUCUAUGUAUCGAAUAGAAGAAAGUAAAUAAAAAACUUGAGAAUGCAAUAAACAAAAUUCAUAAAAAUAAAUAAAUAAAGGCAAAUUCUAUGGAAGAGAAAGUUACGUCACUCAAAUGUCAAAUCUAGUUGCCAUGUGUUGAGUAUUAUAAAAAAAAAUUAAACAAUAAGUGUGAAAAAGAUUUAAGAUUAUUAUUGCAAUAAAAUAAAUUAAUAAAUGUGUUUUUAAAAUCAUAUAUAUAGAUACAACAUGUAUAAGUAUUUUUUACCGACAUUUUCUCUUGCGUAAAUCUGGCAACAAUCCAAAUUACUCCAACUACUUCACAACAUAGCGAGUGGCGUUGCUUUGUAUUCCAUGAACCUUGAUUGCUAGUCGUAAAUAGUUGGCUAAGUGUACUAUAUGUAGGUGUUAAAAAUUAAUCAAUGCUAAAGUAAGAAGUUAGAAAUUAUUGUUUCGUUAUAAUUUAUAUCAGCUGAGUAGUUGGUUGAGCGGUAAACAUGGCAAAACACUAUUACGUUAAGAUAAUAAAAAACUUUAAUAACUAACAGAAGUUAAGAAAUUAUAAUUGUAUAAAAUUACAUAAAAUUAAUUGCAAUAAAAUAACACAAAAAAUAUUUUUAGAUACAUUUAAAUAAACUGAUUUAAAAUAAACUUAAUUUAAUCUUAACAUUUUUUAAUUUCUGAAAUUAUUAAAAAAAAAUGAAAUCGCAUAAAAAAUGUUUUAUGUGGUUUGUGCUUUAUUUUGUUUUAUUUUAAAUCAUUUUAUUUUAUUGUUUUAUAAUAUUUUUUCUUAUUUUUUUAUUUCAAUUCCUAUAUAUAUAUUUUUUUUUUUGUUUAAUAUUUUAUUUUUUAGCUUUUAGUUUUGCUAUUUAGGAUAUAUGUAUAUACACAAACAAGUUCAAAUUUUCAAGACUUAGCAGCUGAUGAAGUGAGAGGUCUCAAAAAAUUGGCACGUUACCAUACAUUAUUAAUUUAAAAUAAUGUCGCCAUGUCUGGUUUUACGAAAAAGUUGGAAAAAAUGUUCUCACAAUUUGGUGACUGCCUGACUGUGUCAAAUUUUUUUAAAAAUAGUAAAAAUUUGAAUUUGGUGAUAUGGAUGGUUCCAGACAUAAAAAAUUCCAUAAAGCAGACCCGCCAAAAAUGUUAGUAAAUCUGUGCAGUAGAACCUUAAAAACCGUGAGUAUCGUUUUGAAAAAGAUCGAACCCGUUUAAAGUUUCACUUCCGGCCGAACCAGUUUGGAUGCCGAGUCAGCAAAAUAUUUAUAUCUCCAAAAAUUGGUUGAAUUUUCAAAAAUCCUCUUGUAGUCAUAUUCUUGAAUAGUUAAACUUUGAAAAUAUAAUUUCUAGACUAGAAUACUCCUUAAUACUUUAUUUUAAAUAAUAUUUAUUUAUAUAUUUUAUGGCCUUGUUCCAUUUAAUUUAUUUAUUAUUAUUGGGACCCAUAACAUUUUUUUUAGAUUAAAAAACUAUCAAUUUUAUAAUGAGUAUGCUUGAAAGUGUAGAAAAGGCACGAAUUAUUUAAUAAAAAAUAUGGAGUUUCAUAAAUGCAAAUUUUCUUAAAUAUACUUUUAUAUUUUUAUUAUUAACAAUAUUUUUUUUAUUUUUAUAAUUAUUAAAACUACUUUUUAUUCACUUUUAUUUUUUUUAAUAGAAAAAGUAAAUUAAAUUAACAAUUUUAAUAAAAAAAUUAAAAAAGUAAAUAAUAUAUUUAUAAAAAUAGCUUAACAAGAUUGUCUGUUGAACUAGAAUAUUAACAUACAUAAAUAUAUGUAUAUCGAUAUAUAGAAAACUUUGGCGCAAUUUUAAGAACUAAGAGAAAAAUGUAAUUAUUGUGUGCUCCAAGCGCACAGUGGGAUGUAAUAUGUUGCCAAUUUGUUGUUAUAAAGCACAUACUGUAUAUGUAUAUGCUUACAUAAAUGCAAACAAGUGUGAAUAGCUAUGAAAUCGGAUAGUAUAUAAAUAAACCAAAUGCAUAAAUAAAGAAAAUGUAUGCUAAGAGCUAGUAAAUAGACAAUUUAUAUACGUUUAUAUGUGUUUUAAUAAAAAAGUAUAUAUAAUAUAUAUAAACCUAUACAUACAUAUGUAUUUGUGAGACAUAUAUGUAGUUGUACCUGUAGUUAGUUUGUAUACAACACUAGUAAGAAUAUUUAAAAAAGAAAAUUAGCAACACAGAAACUAUUUUUAACAAAAAAUUGCGCAUAUAUGUUGUUAAAAAUAACUAAAAAAUUUUAAAUUAAAAAUUACCAAAAAUUCAAAAAACUGUGCUUUCGCAAAAAUACAUACUAGGUAUUUGACAACGUUACUGCAAAUCCAAAUUGUGAUAUUUGAUUUCGAAAAGUAUUAGAUUUAUUUUUUUGUUUUAUAAGUGAAAUAUUUUCAAGAAAAUUAUUAAUGCAUAUAUAAAAAAUAAUAUUAAUACAUUAUAGAGCACAAAAUUUUGCGUUAAAAAGCUGUGCUUGAUUUCGAAAAUUAUUUAAAUAUUAUUUUCUAAAGUUUUGAAGUGACGUUUAAGUGUUAGAUAACUCAAUUAAAUUAACGCUAUUUUCAGAAAUCACUAAAGUCAAAUUGUCAUUAUGUUCUUGACUACAAUUUGAGUGUUAUUAUAGUCAUUGUUGCUGUUGUGUAAAAGUUGUGUGUUUUAUAUAUCACUAAAAUGUAACCGAAUUAUUACUUAAGUGCUAAGAAAAUAAAUUGACUAGAAGAAUACUACCAAAAACGGUUGCUGUUGAAAAUGUGUACCUAAAUGUUGUACUAGUAAGUAGUAAUUAAAAGAAAUAGUUUAGAAAAAAAAAUAAAUAUAAAAGGAAAUAGUUUAACAAAAACAAAAGUAUAUAUAUAAUAAUAAUAAAAAUGUUGAAAUGUAGUUUUAUUA